UGCCGUCGGACUGACCUGUUGGUAAAGGAAAAACACCCCCCGCCCUCUCUCUCUCCAGUAAGCCUUUAGCUAUGAAUUAUGGGGGCUGCUACCAUCACAGCCAAUUGUCUGGAUGAAAAGCAGGCUCUGCCUCACUUAACGUUGUGUGGUAUCUUGUGGCUGAACAGCAGGUUCACAAUCAUAGUUUCUUAUCUGCCCGGCGCUUCAGGUCAGCAGGUAAGCAGAUGACAUUUACCAGGGAGAGCAGGUUUUUACACAGCUGUGCUCUGGUGAACGAUCAAUGACACUUCAACUAGUUCUAUGGAAAUUCUAGAUUGUAGGCAGAUUCGGGUAGGUUUGGUGCCAGCACGCAUCUCAUCAGAGGGGGAGCUUUGCCUUCAUGAAGUGUGCAGCAGCUUUGCAUUGUGAAGGAACUUUCUUUCCAGGACAGCUGGUGGGUUUAGCAGGACAGAGACUAGGAAGAGAGCCCGGGUAGAGCCGUGUCCCUUCCUGGGAAAACUCCUCUCGCCUGUCAGUGAGGGAGCCACGGCCACACGUGUUGGACUGAUGCAGAGACUGAGGACAGGAGCAAACUAUCCAACACUGCAUUGAACAGAACAACAAAAAGAUGGUGGGGCUGAGAAACCGCUCGACGUGGGAACCAUUGUUACUUAAAGCCUCCUGCAUCAAGUCUUGUGCAAAUGGAUGCGCCUUGGGCAUCACAGCUCAACUUACAUAUGCUAACGCUGAUCUGGAGUCUGUGGAAGGAGUGUUUGUGUACCCACUUGGAGAAAAGGAAAUGGUUGUGGGGUACGAAGCUGUGAUUGCUGGCCGGCUGAUGCGGGUGCAGAUUCAGAGCCGAGGGAAGCUGAAAGACUGCUGCUUGGACUGUUGCUCUGGACCUGGCCUUGAUGCACACCGUGGGAACGGUCCUGAGUGGAGCUGCUGUGGAGCAUCCAGCCUGGACAUGCAAUGCACCAACGGACAUCUCAUCCUGGAUGAAGAUCUAGAAAGAACCACCUUUAUUGUUGGUUGUGGACUCAUUGGCCCCAUGGAAAUAGUAUCUGUCAUUAUCAGCACCACACUAGAACUCCCCACUUUAGAAAAUGGAGCCAUCCGUGUCGUCUACCCAACCGUACUCACUCCGAUUGUCAGAAGCCACACAACUGCAAGCAAGACUGAAAAUGGAGGGAAAUCUGAGGAAACUGGGGCGACCAGCUGCUUUGGUGCCACAUCAGGAAAACAAGACAGAAGCUUAGGCUCUGAGCAGCAGUGUUGUCAUCACUUCUUCACAAGUCCUGCAGCUAACCUGGCACCUUAUGAGCUGAGUUUCCAGCUCCUGGUCAGAGGGGCCUGUCUGCUGGCUGGACUGGAAAGUCCAACUCAUGCCCUAAGAGCUGAUGCUGAUCCAAGUGCCCAAAGGGCUUCUGCCACAUACAUCACCUUGGCUCAGGAGCAUCCAUAUGACAGACAUAUCGAAAUCAUUUUACACUUGAGUGAGCCUCACAGUCCACAGGUGAUCUUUGAAAGAGGCAGACUCUCCUUCAGCCAGUACAACCAGCAGAUCUGUUCCCGCCGUGAUUUCAUCCGAUGCACCCGCAAAGAUUCCGACCCAGAGAAAAAGCUGGAGUUUGUUAGGAGGCGAUACCACAAGGACAUUCUCAGCAGCCCAGUCUUGAUGCUGAAUUUCUGCCCUGAUCUGCUGUCUGAACCAUUGGAGCUGCACAAAGCCUGCAGGGAGCUGCUGUUCCUUGUCGAUCGCAGCGGCAGCAUGAGUGGCACCAGCAUCCAACGUGUCAAAGAAGCCAUGGUGCUGGCCUUAAAGAGUUUGCCUGCUGGUACCAUGCUCAACAUUGUUGGAUUCGGGACUACUGUCAAACCGCUCUUCACCUCCAGCAAACUCUGCACUGAUGUAACCCUAAUACAGGCCUAUGAGUACAUCCAGAGGAUGAGAGCUGACAUGAGAGGAACCAACCUGCUGGGGGCGCUCACUUGGCUCUACCAGCAGCCCAUGAAGCGCAUGUACCCUCGCCAGGUCUUCAUCAUCACAGAUGGAUCCGUGAGCAAUGUGGCUAAAGUGCUGGAGUUGGUGCGCAGAAACACAUGUGCUGGCAGAUACUUUGGAUUGGGCCUUGGUCCUCGAGCCUGCAGGAGACUCUUGCAGGGUAUUGCAAAGCUGACAGGAGGGCUUACAGAGUUCUUGGAUGAUGAUGAGAGACUCCAGCCCAAGCUAAUCAAGUCUCUAAAAAAGGCAUUUGAACCUGUGCUGACUGAUGUCCGGAUUGACUGGUAUUUACCUGAGAACACGGAGGCUCUUCUUUCACCCAAUGAAAUCCCUCCUCUCUACUCUGGUGACUGCCUCAUUGGAUACUGCACUCUCUAUGACCUGACACAUUUCAAAGCACAGAAGACAGAGACUCAAGGGCGAGACCAUAAAGAAUUACAUUGUGGCUCCAUGGUUUCAGUCUUCAGCCAGUCAAAUGAUGAUAUUUCCCCUCCUGCCUCUGAGCUGAUGCCGGUGGCAACUUGUGCAAAUGGCACCGACCUGGAGGAGGCUCUCUGUGAAAUCUCCAGAGAAAUCUCUUCUGAGUUUUCCUGUGCACGAGAUGCAGACUAUGCAACAAGUCUAGGUGUAGAGCUGGACUGGUCCAGUGAUAUAAGGAGGAGGAUCCAGGAAAGCUCUUACAUCCAGGAGCAAUACGUUCUCACUCACUGCUCCAUCAGCAGUGACCGAAGCCUUCAAACACAUUCACACACACACGACUCAAACUCAGACUCUGCGGGCGGAGUAUUUCAGCCUGACUCCUGUUCCUGUGGGCCGGUGUUGGAAUCCGGGUCUCUGCCUCAAGGUCUUGAGAAGAUGCCCCUUCCAGACAAAAGAUCCUCUUUAUCUCGUUGGGCAGACCCGGCAUGGGAGCAAAACCUUUCUGCUGAAACCCCUGACAUCAGAGCGAAUAAGAGGAGGCAUCUGGAUGAAGAUGAGUCCAGAAGGAGACAGAAAACUCUGGCACGCUCCACCAUGGCAGCACGGAGCUUCUCAUCACCUCAAGGUGAACUAGAGAUGCAUCGGCUGAGGAGGGCUCUGGAGAGGGUCUCAUUUGAUCAGACGCUGGGAGGGAAGCUGGAUGAAAGCGAUGGGGAAACAAAACCCUCUUCUAAAGGGACGGUGUCUCACAGAAGCCUCACUGACUCCAAUGGCCUGCUGUUCCCAGCCUCCCCCCUGGACUGGGACAGCCUCACAGACCCAGAAUACCUCUUUGCUGCUGCUCCAUCAGAUAACCCUCCCCCAGGUCAGUGCCGCUCCCUCAUUCAUGGCUUCCUGAAUGGCAAGCCAGUGUCCUGGGAGGUCACCGUGGACCUGAAGCACCUCUGGAGCCUUGAGGACCAGGAAAUCACAAGUGCUGAUGGGAGUGGAGAAUGUGAGGAGGAAAGGAGGAAAUCAUGGGAGGAGCUCAUUCACCAGUUGACCGCUCGCUCAGCUAUAAGAGACAUGGAGAAGAUGGCAGAAAAUGACAGCGUCACUGGGCAUGGUUCCUCCAAACGACACCGUAUGAAAGCUAUUCAGACCAGUAAGCAUUGCAACAUCAUCUGUAUGUACACAGCCUUCACCACCACUGACAGUCUCCCCAACAAAAGCCUGUCAGAGAGCAUGGAUGUCCACAAACCAGGGAUUCACACAUGGAACAGGCAGACUUCUCAGACCAGCAGUCGCAGGCUGGGGGCCUAUUCUGUAGGUCUAGGCAGGCGGAGGACCAGCGGAGACAGUGAGGAGGCUGAGGAAACAUGGAACUUCACAGACAGAGAUGACACCCCAGCAUCACCAUGUAGCAUAACAUCCUGGGAUUCUAAUUUCAGUGGCAGUGGUCACUGUGCUCCAGCCCCUUCUACAAUCAAACAGCAUCGUUUGCAGAGAACCAUCGAGAGCAAGUCAAUGGAGAGCUUCUUUGGCAGCAGGUUCCAACUGGGCAGACUCAGGUCCUCCAUCUCAUCAGGAAAGCAGGUUCCUCUCAAGUCCCACUGUUUUUCUGCAGAGACGGACAAACAGCCUGAGAGCGAAACUCCUGACUACCUUCCCCUGGUGCGUCUGCAGCUGGCAUCGGGAGCAUUUUUGCUGACAGAGAUCUACUCCGACUGCAUCCAGAUCCCUCUGGACCGCCUUAAAAGAGCAUCUCCUUACAGCCUCCACCGCCGCAGUCUCAGCCCAGCUUUCCAUUGUACCUCCCCCAGUGCUCCCUCUCUAUCCACAUCUGCAAAACCCCUCCUCUCCAGCCACCACGUCACAUUUUCCCCCUCCUCCUAUUCCCUUGCCAAGCCCACUGCUCCACCUUUCCACCACACUCCAGACGACACCCCACUUUUUCUGAAGUCCAGGCUGCCAAAGAGACACUUGUCUGAGCGAGACCCUGCCCCUCUGGGUCCUGAUCUCCCCAGCUCUGAGGAUGGAUCUCUGGAACUUUCUGCUGGCCUCUCACAGAGCCAGAGCCUCGGCCAGGCAGACAGCGGCCGAGGCUCAGAGACAGAUGUAUGCGAGGGCUCAGUAGAGCUAGCUGACCUUCUGGGCAGCAGCCAGCAGGCUAAAGAGGAUCUGGAGGGCUCCAGCUGGGCCACAGCUGUGGCGCUGGCCUGGCUGGAGCACCGCUGUGCGGGCUACUUCAUGGAGUGGGAGCUCGUGGCAGCAAAAGCAGACUUCUGGCUGCGCUGUCAGGAGCUGCCGGAGGGAGUGGACCUGGCGGGCCUCAGAGGAGCAGCCAGACAGCUGUUCCUGCUGCUGCGCCACUGGGAUGAGAACAUCAAACUCAAUAUGCUGUGCUACAACCCCAACAACAUGUGAGACAAGUGUCUGAGGAAACUGAGCCAAAUCCACUCGUUUCUUCUUAACAUUUAAAUGCAAAAAAAAAAAAAAAAA